CGGGAGAACGACGACGUUUGCGUGGCUUGAGUUAGAUGGUCGGUUUUUAAUUGUCCGUUUGUACGUUUUCGCCCCCUUCUUUUAUAACAGUUGCCUGGCGGGCAAAAACCCUAAAAAAACAUUCCUCCACAUCCGAAUCCAAAAUCCAAAUUUGACGAAUUUCAGUUCUACUCGAGUAUUUGGAUCUACAUAUCACCAAAUCUUACUGUUGAUGUGGGGAAUCAACACAUGGACUUGAAUGCUUCUCCUUUACCAGAAGAAGAUGACUCAGUACGUUCAGAUACUGUAAGAUAUCAGUUCUCUGGACGAGAGAGAGGGACUGGCUUUGAGACCAUGAACCAAUGUUUUAAGCCUCAGGAGAGAAGAAAUGGGGGAGCAAAAAGAAGAUACACGGAUGUGGAUCCAAUGCAUAUGUCCCAGCCAUCUAAACGUAGUCAAGGAUUUCAGAAUAGCAACAAUGGAUCCUAUGACCGAAAUAGCCUUCCCCCAGGUUGGUUGGAUUGCCCUCCAUCUGGAGAUCCAAUAAACUUUCUUAUACCUUCAAAAGUCCCUCUUGGUGAGUCUUUCAAUGAAAAGAUUACUUCUGAUAAAAGAUAUUCUCCUCAACAAGCAAUUCGUCAGCAAAGGCGUCUUGGGAGAGAAAUAGGUUUAGUAAUAGAUCUAACAAACACUAAUCGAUACUAUCGCGAGUCAGAUUGGACGAGAGAAGGUAUUAAAUAUGUCAAGAUCAGGUGUGCUGGAAGGGAUUCAGUGCCUGAUAACGAGUCUGUAGAAAAGUUUAUUCAGGAGACAACCCGAUUCAGCUCCCAACAAGCUCAUUUAAAUAAGUAUGUGCUUGUCCACUGCACACAUGGACAUAAUCGGACAGGUUAUAUGAUUGUGCAUUUUCUUAUUCGGUCAGAAUCGGUUUCCCUCACAGAGGCAAUAUAUAGAUUUUCUGAAGCACGUCCUCCAGGGAUUUACAAACAAGAUUACAUCAAUGAUCUAUACAAUCUUUUCGGUGAACAAAUUCCUGAAAACUUUGUUUGCCCACAAACCCCCGAAUGGAAGAGGUCACCUGAUCGGGAUGAUGAUGAUGAUGAUGGAAAUACUGUUUUGGCAAAUGCUGUGGGGACAGAUGAGAUGGGAUAUGAUUUGGCACCAAGUGAGAUGACAAAUGAUGAUGUACUGGGAGAUCCCGUGCCAUUUAAUCAGAUAGAGUCAAUGAGGCAGUUUUGCAAUCAAGUUCUAAAGUUGAAUGUACGGGCACGAGGAAAGCCACAAUUUCCAGGAUCGCACCCUGUUUCUCUUAGCAGGGACAACUUGCAACUUUUGAGGCAGCGAUACUAUUACGCCACAUGGAAAGCCGAUGGGACACGAUAUAUGAUGCUAAUUACUUGGGAUGGCUGCUUUCUGAUUGAUAGAAAUUUCAAUUUUCGAAGUGUUGAGUUGCGGUUUCCAUGCAGAAAUGUCAAUGAGGGUGCAGGCGGAAACACUCAUAACUACACCUUACUUGAUGGAGAAAUGAUAAUUGAUACGGACCCCACCACACACAAACAGGAAAGGAGAUAUCUCAUUUAUGAUCUCAUAGCAAUCAACCGAGAAUCACUCGUAGAGAGGCCUUUCAGUGAAAGGUGGAUGAUUCUAGAAAAUGAAGUGGUUAAACCUAGGAACCAAGAGCGAGACCGUUUGUUCAAGACUAGAACUCCGUAUUACAGAUAUGACUUGGAACCAUUUAGGGUGAGAAGGAAAGACUUUUACCUACUUUCUGCUGUAUCUAAGCUUCUAAAGCAGUUCAUUCCACGCCUUUCCCAUGCAUCCGAUGGUCUCAUUUUCCAGGGUUGGGACGAUCCUUAUGUGCCUCGCACACAUGAAGGUCUUUUGAAGUGGAAAUAUCCAGAAAUGAACUCCGUUGAUUUUCUCUUUGAGAUGGGAAAGGGAAACAAUAACCGUCAUAUACUUUGUGUGAACGAGCGUGGGAGAAGGAAGCAGAUGGAUGGAUGUCGCAUUGUUUUUAGAGAUCCAUCGGUGGAUAUAUAUUCGUUAUCUGGGAAGAUCAUAGAAUGUUCAUUUGAUUCCGAGGAAAAUGUUUGGGUGUUUAUGCGAAUGCGGCCUGAUAAAUCCACACCCAACGAAUUUAUAACUUUCAAAAAGGUUUUGAGGAGCAUUAAGGAUAACAUAACGGAAGAAGUAGUACUAAACGAAAUCAACGAUAUCAUUCGUCUCCCUAUGUAUGCAGACAGAAUAGAAACCGAUUGCAGAACUUUUGAGAAAAAUGGUAGACGCAAAUAAUCAAUCCUCUUUGAAGAAGUCAAAAAUAACAAUUUAUAAAAAUGAAGCAGCUUCAGUUGAAGGGUUUACAUUCGCCAUCUGAUCAUCAGGGCCAGUCUUGUAUUUUAGCAUUGUCAUACUCAUUACUUGAUUUUUCCUGUACCUUUAGGUUUAGAUGGUGUUCUAGUUUUAUACAAGGUUUGAAUUUUUGGCCAACUUAUAGAGAUGAUUUUCACAUUGGAUUUGGACAUAUAAACUGCAUAAAUAUGUUGUAUUAUUUCACAUCAAAUGAUAGCAAUAGUAUAAGCUCAAAGAUGAUCA